AGGGAGGAGAGAACCGGGGCUCGCAACGAGCCUUCAAGAACAGCGGCUGCGGAGAAGGCGGCAGCAGCGGCGGCGGACCGGAGCGGCGGCGGCAACGCAGCCUUGGGGCCAGCCAGGCGCGCAUCCCCGGGCACCCAGCGCAGCGGAGAGCUCGGCAGGCCACGAGAGCCACAGGAUAGGAGUGGACAAAGCAAGAUGGCAGGGAUAUUAGCUUGGUUCUGGAACGAGAGGUUUUGGCUCCCGCACAAUGUCACCUGGGCAGACCUGAAAAACACGGAGGAAGCCACCUUCCCGCAGGCUGAGGACCUCUACCUCGCCUUCCCCUUGGCCUUCUGCAUCUUCAUGGUGCGGCUCAUCUUCGAGAGAUUUGUAGCCAAACCAUGUGCUAUAGCCCUCAACAUCCAGGCCAAUGGACCACAGAUUGCUCAGCCAAAUGCCAUUCUGGAAAAGGUCUUCACUGCGAUUACAAAGCAUCCUGAUGAAAAGAGAUUGGAAGGCCUCUCCAAGCAGCUUGACUGGGAUGUUCGCAGUAUUCAGCGCUGGUUUCGACAAAGACGCAACCAGGAGAAGCCAAGCACACUGACGAGGUUCUGUGAGAGCAUGUGGAGAUUUUCAUUUUUCCUUUAUAUAUUUACCUACGGAGUCCGGUUCCUGAAAAAGAGCCCGUGGCUGUGGAAUACAAGGCACUGCUGGUACAACUACCCCUAUCAGCCGCUCACAACUGACCUUCACUACUACUACAUCCUGGAGCUGUCGUUUUAUUGGUCUUUAAUGUUUUCCCAGUUCACUGAUAUCAAAAGAAAGGACUUUGGCAUUAUGUUCCUGCACCACCUUAUAUCUGUUUGCUUGAUUUCUUUUUCAUAUGUCAACAAUAUGGCCCGAGCAGGGACCCUAGUCCUUUGUAUUCAUGAUUCAGCUGAUGCUCUUCUAGAGGCUGCCAAAAUGGCAAAUUAUGCCAAGUUUCAGAAAAUUUGUGAUCUACUAUUUGUUAUGUUUGCCAUCGUUUUUAUCACCACGCGGCUUGGUAUAUAUCCUCUCUGGGUGUUAAAUACUACAUUAUUUGAAAGUUGGGAGAUCGUUGGUCCUUACCCUUCCUGGUGGGUUUUUAACCUACUGCUGUUGGUAGUACAAGGGUUGAACUGUUUCUGGUCUUAUUUGAUCAUAAAAACAGCCUGCAAAGCUAUUUCAAAAGGCAAGGUAUCUAAAGAUGAUCGAAGUGAUAUUGAAUCUAGCUCAGAUGAAGAGGGCUCAGAACCUCCAGGGAAGAACCCCCACACUGCGACAACCACCAAUGGGACCAGUGGAACUAAUGGGUACCUCCUGACUGGCCCUUGCACCGUGGAUGAUUAAUUACUCAAAACUAUAAGUCCUGAACAAAGUGAACUAUUUGUUCUGGGAAUUAUUUAAUAAGUUGCAAAUGCAGUUCCUUUCAUAAUAUCUCAGCACCAGAAACAAAAUUUAGGAUUAUCAAAGCAUUUUGAUAGUGCACUGCCAUAUACCUGUCUGUGACACCAUUCUCUAUACGUAGGCAUGCUGUCUGUGAUUGACACAAGGGAACAGUACUGUCUUAGAAUAUUAUUUAUUUUUUUUGUAUUUGUUUGUAAAUCUGUGGACAAAAGAGGAUUUCCUCACUCCGUUUUCUCUCUGGGUUCAUGACAGUGAGGGAGACGCUCCAUCCGCUUCUACCCCUUCCUGUUGUAGCCCAGUCUGCUAUGCGCAUCAGCUUAAUUUGUCACAUAGAAGCAAGAAAAACCUAGUGCAAAAUUCCCAUACGGCUCCCAAUAGCUUCUUUGUUACAGUGCCUAGUUUGAAAUUGCCUGUGCAGUCUCCAUGACCAUUCUCCCAGUGUAAAGUUUAAACAGGAAGAGCCAGGUUUUUAAAUCAUCACUUGGUGGGGUCAAUUAGCAGUUCAAAUUAAAGAACAUGGUGAUGGGAA